AUGCAUAGCCUCAGCGUCGGUCCGUCCGCGCUGCGCUCCUGUCUGUUGCUGCUCUUCAUCCACAUGAGCGCACCGGUGGAGGCGAAGAGGGCGCACGGAGGUAGGGCGCAAACCCGGAGGGUGCAGCAACCCCAGCAGCAGCAGCAGCAGCAGCAGCAGGCCGUGGCGUACAGAGAGCGGGUGGAGGGAGCGGAGAGCUUCCCUUUAGACUUCACAGCCGUGGAGGGUAACAUGGACAACUUCAUGGUGCAGAUAAAGAACCUGGCGCAGUCUCUCUAUCCGUGCUCUGCGCAGAAACUGGAUCAAGAGAUGAAGUUGAACUUUUUAAAGAAUGCAUCAGUGACCUGCAAUGACGGGUCACCAGCAGGGUGAGUUGGUUAACGUAACCACUCUAUCAGUGAGUGGACAUGUUGUGUAAGAGUCCUAACUUCAUUUCUCUGUGUGUGUGCUGCUGUAUUUUUAGAUAAACUCACUAAAGCUGUGCUCUGUCUGUACAUCCUCUUUGGACAACGUGGUGUGUUUGGGUGUGUUGUCACCCUGUAUGUGACCAAAACUGAUCAAAGUACCAGAGAGAGAGCGAAAGAGAGUCUGUUUUCUCCUCUAAAGAGAUUAGAUUUACUGUUACAAAAGUUGUUUGACCUAAAAUAGCGAUUCAAACAGUGGAGUUUGGAGUUUUUAGCCAUCAGAAGUAGUCAAGUCAACUUUACUCAUAGAGAUUUUAAAAAACAAAAACAAGAAAGUGAUCCCCACUGUAGACCCUCAGGUGUACCUGAAGGCUGACAUUGACACCCAUUUAAAUAAAGGUGUUAGAGAGAUUUACAGCAAAAUUUCAAUAGAAAUGAUCAUUUGUGGAAGUCCACAUGUAUCACUGCUAGGAUUUUUAUCUGGAAGAAGCUUAUUUUAAAAUAUAUAAAGUUAAAAUUUUUUACUCUGGGUUGUGCGAAAUGGUUAAUUGGUGCUCAUCUCCGCUCACAAUGUAAAGACGAUGUAAAGGAAUAAAACUAGUAUUCCACUUUUUAGUUGCGCCCUCUGGUGGCAAAGAUAAACGCAAUGUGACAACAAGCCCCGGUCUCCCCUACUGCUUUGGUUUUCGUGUGACUAUUUAAAGGUACUCUGCUGUGCUGCAGACAGUGCUGAGAGCGAUCUAAACGAUGAAGCGGGACAAACUGCACGGACAUAUUCAUGUUCUGUAAAUAAUAAAUAAGAACCAAAGUCUAUAUGAGAAAGUAGAAACACUCUGUGAUAGUGACAUACAGAUUUACUGCUUUGACAGAUCUCAGUCAUCUGAUAGUGAGCCUACAAGAAGAAAUGAAAGUUUUAGCUUCAUGAAAAAACUAACUUCAAUUAAAAUUGUGUGAUUUUUCUUUUCUGACACACAGUAUUGGUCUGCUUUCACUGUAUUCAUAUAAAGUCACUUCACCAGAAAGUGGAUUACAUAAUCACAAAAUCAAAACACUUCACAUGUGCCUCCAAAAAUGUGCAACAUCUAACACACUUGAUUUGUUUUGAGUUGAAAAAGUGGCGUGAACGGAGUCUACCCUCCAUGUCUGGAUAAAAGGCAGCACCCCUGCUGAGUCACAAUGCGAGUGUGUGAGUGUGUGAGUGUAUGCGUGCGUUACUUCCUCACAGAUUUGUGUUGUUGCUCUCACACAGGUAUUACAUUAAGGAGUCCAAAGGAAGCAAGAGGUGGCUGCUGUUCUUAGAAGGUGAGGAUGAAGUUUAACCCCAUACCAAACAACACACAGACUCUGCUUCUUUAUGUAACCCGCUAAAAAGCAUGUGUGUGUGUUUUACAGGUGGAUGGUACUGUUUCAAUAGACAGACCUGUGACAGCAGGUACGAGACCAUGAGGAGACUGAUGAGCUCCACCAAGUGGCUGCAAACCAGAACAGGUAACGACACUCGCAUGUAUGCAGGAUGCGAUUAAACAUACACACUCAGGAAAGCGUGCACGCUGCAUCUGUGAAACCUCAGCACCAGAGCCAACAGAGCUUUUCCUCUUCUCUGUAGGAAAAAACAAACUCCCCCCUGAAUGAAGGAGAUUCAUGGAUCCCUGUUUGUGUUUCCUCUUUAGCUGAGUUUGCAUUAAUCUUUAGAAGUCCAACUCUGCAGCCAUCAGGGAACCUCUUGUUUGUUUAUGAUCCGGCUUUCCACCAGUCUCUCUCUGUGUAAACUUUACUCUGGUGGCCAGUUCAGCAGCCGCAGAGCUCUUCAAUGGUUGUGUGUAAUUGCUGACCAAAGCAGGUAAGGUUAAUGACUUAGUGACCGCAGGGGGAAACACUCAAACACAGACGGUAAACACACGCCUGAACGUCACCGAAACGAGGCAAUACAUCAAGGUUUGACAGGGUUUAAUACUAAGUAUGAAGGAUUUUAAGAUCUUUGACUGAAGCUUUUUGACUCCGUUGAGGAUGUUUAUCGGGAAAGUGAAGUUAACGUCAGAUAUUUCCAAUUUUUCCAACAGGAACGGGGAUUCUGUCUCCUCAGCCAGAAGAAAACCCUCACUGGUGGAACGCCAACAUGGUGUAAUAACUCCCGUCUCUCACUCUCUAACUCUUGUGUGUGGAUAUUUCUCAUUUCCCUGUUUUCUACUCAUUCCUGUGUGGGUGUGUGUCCACGCACAAACAUCAGAGUGUUUGUACAUCUCUUGUUGUUGCUCUUUUGCUUUAAACAUACUCUAAUAUAAGUGCAGUUUUCCGCCGUGGAGUUGUCAUUAUUUCUUAUCCGCCAGUUUUCAGUAAACAGACUCGUAUCAAAGCUGCUCUUUAAUGUUGCGCUCUCUAUCCUAUCUCUGCAGGUUCAUCCCAUACUGCUCCAGUGAUGUGUGGAGUGGAGCGACAUCAAAAACGGAUCCCAGUAAGGACAGAUCAUUAUAUUGUGGCCCUGUUGAUCUACCAAUGAAAACAGCUGUUAAAAGUGUUUUAAAGUUUAAGGAAGUCAGUCUCACUUACAGCAUUACUUCUAAAUAAUGUCCAUAAAGGUUUUAGACUUUUCUAUAAACACAAAAUGUUCAUUUCUAAGGAAUAAAACCACAAAUACACAGGGAAGCAUUUGCUUCAACAGUGUGUCAUGAAAGUACAGUGGCCCUGAGGUGCAACAGCGAAUCAGAAAACACAACAGCAAAAGAGGAAACAACACAGAAAGAGAAAACAACUGCAGAAGAGAAAACAACACAAAAAGAGAAAAUAAUACAAAAAGAGAAAACACGACAAAAGAGAAAACAACGCAAAAAGAAAAUAACUGCAGAAGAGAAAACAACACAAAAGAGAAAACACAAUGAAAAGGAGAAAACAGUACUAAGAGAAAACAGCGGCAAAAAUAGAAAACAACACAAUAUAGAAAACAACUACAGAAGAGAAAACAACACAAAAAGAGAAAAAACAGCGGCAAAUAACACAACAUAAAAAGAGAAGACACAACAGCAAAUAAGAAAACACAACACAAAAACAGAAAACAUGUUGACAAAAGAGAUAACAACAGAUAAAGAGAAAACACAACACUAAAAGAGUAAACACAACAACAUCAACCAUUGUGUUUUCUGUUUUUGUGUUGUGAUUUUUUGAUGUGCUGUUGUGUUUUGUACCUCAGGGCCUCCGUAUUGAAGUGUUUCACUGAAUCAUUUUUUUGUUUUCUCUCUCUCAGGCGAUUACGCGUUCAUGGGCUCUCUGAUCAUUAAGGAGGUUGUAAACGAGCUGCUGACUAAAGGUCUCGACAACGCAAAGGUUCUUCUCCUGGCAGGAAGCAGGUCAGUUCACUGAUUGUGUGUUCGCUAAUUUGUGUUGAGUGUGUGUGAGUGUGUGUUUGUGCGUCUGAUUCCUCUCUCCCUGUCAUCAGUGCGGGUGGUACCGGCGUCCUGCUGAAUGUGGACCAGGUUGCAGAGCAGCUGAAGUCACAGGGACACCAUGGGGUGCAGGUCCGGGGUCUAGCGGACUCAGGAUGGUUCCUUGACAACAAACAGUACAAAUUCACCGACUGUCUGGACACCAUCAGCUGUGCUCCCACUGAGGCCAUCAAGAGGGGGAUCAGGUAGGACAGGUGGACAGCUGACAGGAUGACUGGAUGUUCUGGUCGGACACAAAAGUAUAAAGCCUCUACUUUGUUGUGUUGCGUGUCUGUCGUGCAGGUACUGGGGCGGUUUGGUGCCAGAGAGCUGCAGACAGGCUCAUGUGGGAGAGGAGUGGAAGUGUUUCUUUGGAUAUAAAGUCUAUCCCACAUUAAAGAGUGAGUGUAAACUCAUCAGGAGCUGCUUCAUUUAGAGGAUAAAGUGAUUCUGACCCACGGUUCCUCCUCUCCUGUCAGGCCCUGUGUUUGUGGUUCAGUGGCUGUUUGAUGAAGCUCAGCUCACUGUGGACAACAUCCACCUGACCGGACAGCCGGUCCAUGAGGGUCAGUGGAGGUACAUACAGAACCUGGGCCAGGAGAUGAGGAGCACACUGCGUGACGUGCCGUAAGACCAGUACAAACACACUCACACUCACAUAAUCAAAACACACUUGUCUACAACAUUUUGAGGCUAUUUUGUGAAUCUUUGUUUUUAUUUUUCAGGGCGAUGUUUGUCCCCGCCUGUCUCUCACAUGAACUGAUCACCAGAACGUGAGUAAAACAAGAAGAUCUGAUCUUUAGGGUCACCUCAAAUAACAUCUUAUUCACACACUCAGCUGAUUUAAAACUUUUUUUAAAGUACAGUACAGUACAGCUGGAUCAAGAAAGAUUUUAAUCUCGUCUUUAUUAAUCUUAACUAAAUAUUCUCAAAAGUCUGCAGGUGUCACACACGUGUUAUGACAGCUGCACAAGCUUUCCUUGAAUAUUAAAAUAUGAAAGCACAGUUUGUGGUGAUGUUUAACCAUGUUAGUUUUAGUUAUAUUUAUACUGAGUUAAGUCGUCUAUGCUGGUAUCAUAGCAUAUGUGUUUUCUGUGCAGAGGAUCUCUGGAGUGGAGCAGGAAAUCAUGUUACUUUUUUAAAGACAUUGUAAGGUUGUUUUUUUUUAACCAGUUUAGAAACAAACUGAAAUUGAUACUGAUGCCUCUUUAUUUCCUUCAAAAGUUAACAAGAUUUCACUGUAGAGAUUUUCAGUGUUUACAAAUGCAGUGAAGAGGUCGGUUUUAGAGUAAAGGAUUGACAGCAGGCAAAAAAAAACAAAACAGCCCUUUGAGACUUUAAACAUAAAAAAGUGUGAGCUACUUCAUUUUUGCUAGACAGCAGAACAUAUUUUUUUCUUUACACAUAUACAACAGUGUUUGUUUUUGUUCCCAGAACAUCCCCCCUGUGGCAAAUAAAUCUUUUCUUCAAUAAGCAGUAAUGAAAUACUUUAUUGAUACUUUGUGCGGUGUAAAGGGAUCUGAAAAUUAAAGCUUGUGAAUAGACUUUGUUAAAAAAAAAAUAAAGGGUAAGGCAGAAUUCUAGAGCAAAAUGACAAACCAGCCAGAUGAAUCAUCCAGUGGAGACAGUGUCAAGGUUGACUAGUUUCUAUUGCGCUAAUCUCAAAGAAAUAAAUGUGUAUUGACGGCAUGCUGGCAGGCAGAAAACGUAAUUUUAUAAGUGUAGCUGUUACACAGUUUGUCCAGCAGAGAGCACUGAUGAGUGAUUUUUUUUUAAUUAACUGUAACAACAGAAAAAGUUUUUCUUUUUCUCUGACUUUGGAAACUUCAUCCUUUCGUCUCAUUGACUAUGACACCUGGAUUAUUAUAUUACUCAUACUCCAGUACAGAUUUACAUUUUGAUCAAGUAAAGUCAUAGAAAUGUGAUCUUUAUUUGACGAUUUAGUGCACUAAGGUUAAAAUAGACUAACUUCAUGAGUUCAUUGUCAUAUAGCUAACAAUCUCUCUGUAUCCCGUCUCCACUCUUACCUCUCUGUCUCUGCAGACACUGGAUGGACAUUCAGGUCAAAGGCAUCUCUCUCCCUAGAGCUCUACACUGCUGGGACCGCAGCCUCCAAGUCAACAGGCACGCCAACAGUAGCCAUGGCAACCAUCAAAAGAACAGGACCCCACCCUCAAGGGGUUGCCCCUUACAUUUGAUUGACAGCUGCCCGUGGCCUCACUGUAACCCUUCCUGCCCGACGAUACGCGACCAGCUGACCGGACAGGAGAUGAGCGUGAUCCAGUUCCUGAAGCACAUGGGCUUUGACGUGCAGAAGAUGGCUCAGCAGCAGGGGAUGGACCCUAGGACGCUACUGGGCAUGCUCAAUAACGGGAGCUGAGCUACUCUCUAUGUUUAGACUGUCAGCAGAGACGAGUCGGUGCUGAACAGAAAUGGAAGACAAGAGAAACAUAAAAACUCUGAGGAGAAAUCAGACUGAUUUUAACACUUUAUAGGACAGAAUGACUCAUGAGAAAAAGAGUCAAACCAGAACAUUCGAGCUGUUUUACUCAUCAGAUGCUCUUUUUUUAAACACAUGUAUAGAUGUAUAGUGGGAUUUACCUUAUACUGUUAAUAUGCUAAUAGUCUGGAUGUACACAAAUACAAUAAAAAGGUGUGUGUAUGCAGUAUACUCAGUCUAAUAUACUCACUCAGCG